GUAGGGCGUGACCGGAAGCUGUGGCCACGCCCACUGCGGAGGGAGAGAGACAGCUGAGGCCACACACACAGAGAGAGAGCGAAUAUUAAGAAUCACACUGCACUCUAAUAUAACAGUAGAGAUUUAUACAUACCGUACCAUCAUCAUCGUCAUCAUAAAAAAUUAAUCAUCACAAUAAUAUUUUCGUAUAGCAGAAGAGUGCGAGUGAGUGCGCAUCGCCAACAAUUAGAUUGUUGUUGUUGUUGUAAAAUUGGGCGACUGAGGAGGGGCCGUGGGUUGUGUUGGGAGCGGAGACUGCCGGAAUACGAGCGAGAGCGUGAUGGCGAGCGGCGCGUCCCCCCCGCCCCCCGGCUCCGAGCUGCCCACGCCGCUGCAGGACAAGAUGGCCGCGUCAGCGCGCGAGACCAUCUACCUGUGCAACUUCCGCGUGUCGGUGGACGGAGAGUGGCUCUGCCUGCGCGAGCUCAACGACAUCUCGCUGGCGCCCGACGGCGCCAGGACCCCCUCCGCCGCGGGGGCCGGGGCCGCCGGCGCUGGGGGGGCCCUCGCCGGGGCACCGGGGGGGGCUUCCGGCGGCCCAGACCCAGAGGAGCCAAAUGCUUCGGGAUCGCGAUACCGCUACUGUGACGAGCCGCGCGACGCCGUGAGCCAGGAGCGCGUGAGCCUCAUGGACAUGGCCAAGCUGAGCAUCAAGGGGCUUAUCGAGUCGGCGCUCAACCUGGGCCGCAGCCUCGACUCGGACUACGCGCCCCUGCAGCAGUUCUUCGUCAUCAUGGAGCACUGCCUCAAGCACGGCCUCAAGGUGCGCAAGUCGUUCCUGGGGCAGGCCAAGUCGUUCUGGGCUCCGCUGGAGCUGGUGGAGCGCCUGUGCCCCGAGUCCAGCGAGAUCACAGCCAGCGUGCGGGACCUCCCGGGACUCAAGACACCCCAAGGACGUGCCCGGGCCUGGCUGCGCCUCGCUCUGAUGCAGAAGAAGCUCUCCGACUACAUGAAGGCCCUGAUCGCCAGGAAAGACCUGCUGAGUGAGUUUUACGAGGUGGGGGCGCUCAUGCUGGAGGAGGAGGGCCUUCUCAUCGCCGGGCUCCUCGUCGGUCUCAACGUCAUCGACGCCAACCUCUGCAUCAAGGGGGAGGACCUUGACUCCCAGGUCGGGGUGAUCGACUUCUCGCUCUACCUGAAGGAGGGGCAGUCGAGCAAACCGGAGGACAGUGGAGCAAACCUCACGGCGAUCCUGGACCAGAAGAACUACGUGGAGGAGCUCAACAGGAACCUCACGCUCACGGUGAACAAUCUGCAGUUGAAGGUGGACGCAUUGGAAAAACAGAACGCACGGAUUUCUGAGGAGCUCUGCUCAGAGAAGAUUCGCUCGAUUGCUAUGGAAGAAGAGAAUGAAGCCAUGCGGGCGGAGAUCACACAGCACACACAGACUGGGAAGUCUGAUUCUGAUGGAGAACAUCAGAAGCACGGGGAGCGCGCCGAGCCGCGUUCGCAAGACGGCGCGGACGCCAUCGCCUCCCUGAGGGCGCACGUGGGUGACAUGUGCAGCGCACUGGGGGAGGUGGGAGGCAGGAAGUCCGAAUUGUUGAUGAAGUUGGAGGAGACGACCAAUCGGAUGUCAGCGACUCUGAAACAGCUGGAAACCAGUGAGGAGGCCUCGGGCAGAGGCUCCAAGAGCCAGGCUCGCAAGUCUGCACACAGACGCUCCUAGCGCGCGCACGUGUACACGCGCGUGUACGUGUGUGCGUGAGUGUGGCACGCGUACACACACACACAGUUAUGUACGUAUGUACGUGUGUGUGUGUGUGCUUGCGUAUGUACGAGGCACGUACACGCGUAUGCUUGUACGUGUGUACACGUGUACACACGUACACGCGUAUACCUGUGUAUGUGUGUGUGUACACGUGCACACACGUACACGCGUAUGCUU